AUGCCUCCGAAGCAAUCAAAAGCUGAUGUAGCCAAGAAACAGAAGGUUGUUGAAGACAAAACUUUUGGUCUCAAGAACAAAAACAAAAGCAAAGCAGUUCAGAAAUAUGUUCAGAAUCUUAAGUCUUCCGUGCAGCCCAAAACCGACCCCAAAGUCGAUGCAAAGAAAAAGAGAGAGGAAGAGAAGGCAAAAGAGAAGGAGCUGAAUGAUUUGUUCAAAAUCGCUGUCAGUCAGCCUAAAGUCCCAGCUGGUGUUGAUCCCAAGUCUAUAUUAUGUGAGUUUUUUAAAGUGGGUCAGUGUGCUAAGGGUUUCAAAUGCAAAUUUUCCCAUGAUUUGAAUGUUCAGAGGAAAGGAGAAAAGAUUGACAUAUACAGUGAUAAGCGCGACGAUGAUACAAUGGAGGAAUGGGAUCAAGCGACAUUGGAGAAAGUGGUGGAGUCGAAACAAAAUGAGUAUAAUCAGAACAAACCAACUGACAUUGUAUGUAAACACUUUUUGGAUGCGGUUGAGAGGAAGCAAUAUGGUUGGUUUUGGUCAUGUCCCAAUGGUGGUAAGAAUUGUAUCUAUAGACAUGCACUUCCACCUGGAUAUAUUUUAAAAUCCCAAAUGAAGGCUUUGUUGGAGGAGGAGUCUGAUAAAAUGCCAAUUGAGGAGGAGAUUGAAAAGCAGCGUGCCGAAGUGAAAACUACAACCCCUAUGUCUACUGAGUUAUUCCUCCAAUGGAAGAAGAAAAAGAUGGACGAGAGAGAGGCUAGUUUGGCUGCCCAACAGGCAGAGAGAGCUAAGAAUGACCGCAUGAGUGGGCGUGAGCUGUUUCUGUCAGAUGCUAGCUUGUUUGUGGAUGAUGCUGAAGCAUAUGAUAAGUACCAUAGACAACCUGAAUCUGAUGAAACUGAACAGAAUGGGACCGGGAGUGCUGCUAAUAAUGGUCCUAGCACCUCAGCAACAGGUGGCGCUGAUGAUGAACUUCCUGAUGAUAUUGAUGACGAUGAUGAUGAAUUGGACUUGGAUGAGUUGGAUGAACUGGAAGCUAGUUUAGCCAAGACAUCAAUCCAAAUUAAGGAAGCUGAAGCUUAA